GAACCAUCAGCAAGCUCAAACAUCUUGUCGUGGACAAUCAAAUAUAUCGUUAAACUCAUAUUCACAAGCAAAAACAACAGAGAAAAUGAAAUUCCAAUCAAUCCUCGUAUUCUUGAUUGCCAGUUUGGCUGCUGGAACCUAUGCUGCUCCUGCUCAAACAUGUGAAAUCG